UACAGCUUAUCCAUGGACACAACUCUCACACGAAUAGCUUUAGGAACCAUCCUCUUUCUCUUGUUAUUGUUAAGCCACCCUUACCUUUCCAUAGCAGAAGAUGCUAUUUAUAGUCCCCUUGACCUUUUCAGCAUCAACUGUGGCUCCUCCACCAACCUGUCCACGCUCGAUGGUCGGAAUUGGAUUGGAGACAUCAAAUUCCUCUCACAAAGCAACGACUCAGUAGCUGCUACUCCACUCACACCAUCUACACAACAGGCUCCUUACACUUCAGCUCGUCUCUCUCACUCCCAAUUCACUUACUCAUUCCCUGUCACCCCAGGUCCAAACUUCCUUCGCCUCUUCUUCUACUCAACUUCCUACCUUAACUUUGAUCGCCCCAAAGCCUAUUUCUCGGUCAAAGUAAACCAACACACCCUCCUUCAACAUUUCAACGCUUCCCUCAACGCUGACGCUGAUGACGACCCUCAGGACAUCUUGUUCAGAGAGUAUUGCAUCAACCUCCAAGAUGCUCAUCAGAACCUCAACAUAACCUUCAUCCCAAGCACCACAGAUUCUUACGCUUUCAUCAACGGAAUCGAGAUUGUUUCCAUGCCCCCUUAUCUCUACUAUACCAAUUCCAACGUCGACAACCCAGGAUUAUUGCCGCAACUUGUUGGAGGAUCAACAUAUACUAUUGAAAACCAUUCGGCUCUAGAGACUAUGUACCGGUUAAACGUUGGAGGGAAAGAUACCUCCCCUAUAGAUGACACGGGUAUGCUCAGAACCUGGGAUGCCGAUGACCAAUAUGUAACUAGUCAAAGUGUACUAUCUGUUGACUAUGAGCAGAGAACUAAGCUGAGCUUCACUGAGACUCCUAACUACACAGCACCAGACCUAGUGUACCGAUCCGUAAGGAGUAUGGGAACGAAUGGCUCUAUCAACACGGGCUUCAACCUCACGUGGCAGCUUCCUGUUGAUUACGGCUUCUUCUACUUGCUAAGGUUACACUUCUGCGAGCUUAACCCGAAGGUGCACAAUCCUGGUGACCUAAUCUUCUACAUCUUCAUCCAGGAUCACUUGGUUGAAGACAUGGCAGACGUUCUCUCUUGGAGUGAUAAACAGAAGGGUGUACCGGUGGUUAGAGACUACGUACUUCUCAUCCCACGGAAUCAGGGAAAGACAUAUCUUUCACUCAAAAUGCAUCCUCAACCUUACAGCUUGAUCAAGGACGCAUUUCUAAACGGAAUUGAACUCUUCAAGAUCAACGACACAACGGGUAAUCUCGCGGGACCCAACCCAGACCCUCGUCCACAAACCCCCAAGGGUCCCCUUCAAAGCUCAAAAAAGAAAAACGGCGGUGCCACAAAUACCCUUGCCGCCGUCGCUGGUGCAGUUUCUGGCGUCGUUUUGCUCUCCUUUAUUGUCGCUUUCUUCCUCAUAAAACGCUGGAAGGGUUCCAGCAAAAAAGAAGGCCGUGGCAAAUCAUCGCUACCAACCAACCUCUGCCGCCACUUCUCGAUCGCGGAAAUCAGAGCCGCCACCAACAACUUCGACGAGCUCUUCGUCGUCGGCGCGGGAGGCUUCGGGAACGUGUACAAAGGCUACAUCGACGACGGUGCGACACGUGUCGCAAUCAAGAGGCUCAAACCGGGUUCUCAGCAAGGUGCGCGCGAGUUCAUGAACGAGAUCGAAAUGCUGUCUCAACUUCGUCAUCUCCAUCUGGUUUCCCUCAUCGGUUACUGUUACGAGAGCAACGAGAUGAUACUCGUCUACGAUUUCAUGGCUCGCGGAACCCUCCGUGACCAUCUCUACGACACCGAUAACCCUUCUCUAUCGUGGAAGCAAAGGCUUCAGAUCUGCAUAGGUGCUGCAAGAGGACUGCAUUAUCUUCAUACAGGUGCGAAGCACAUGAUCAUUCACCGCGACGUCAAGAGCACCAACUUCUUAUUGGAUGAAAAAUGGGUCGCCAAAGUUUCGGACUUCGGGUUAUCGAGAAUUGGGCCCACGGGUUCUUCAAUGACCCAUGUGAGCACUCAGGUGAAGGGUAGUAUUGGAUAUUUAGACCCUGAGUACUACAAACGACAACGUUUGACGGAGAAGUCUGAUGUGUACUCGUUUGGGGUGGUACUCUUGGAGGUAUUGUCUGGGAGGCAGCCUUUGCUACGUAUGGUGGAGAAGCAACAGAUGUCACUCGUUGAUUGGGCCAUACAUCGCUAUGAAAAGGGCUCUCUGGGUGAGAUUGUGGAUCCAGCAAUGAAGGGCCAGAUAGCACCCGAGUGUUUGCGAAAAUUUGGUGAGGUUGCCUUGAGUUGUUUGCAUGAGGAUGGGACUCAGCGACCUUCCAUGAAUGACGUCGUUGGGGUGCUCGAGUUUGUUCUGCAGCUUCAUGAAAGUGCUGUUAAUAGAGUGGUGGUGGGUGGUGGGGAUUAUGAAGAUAAUGAAGACAUGUUUAGCAGUAGCCAUGGUAGCGUACAUGUUUCGGAUUAUAGUAACAGCUCUGGAUUGACCACUACAAGCAAUGAUAGCCAUGUGAGUAAGGAAUGUGAUAGGUUGAUCCCCGAUCAUGCAGUUUUUUCUGAGAUUAAGGAUCAUGAGGCACGAUGAGGUUGGAGCACUAUUUCAAGUUUAGGCUGAGUUUGGGAAAAUGGUUGGAUCGUGUAUUAAAUUUAAACUUAGAUGAAUUUGAUAUGUAAGUUAGAAAGUGUGUGGAACUUAGGAUUUAGGAGGAUCCUGAAAAUAAAUUUUUAGAGUGGUCUAAAUAGUAAUACCUACAAAUAUAAUCAUCUUAUCUAUUUAAAAUGCAUUAGAAAUCA